AUGGAAUCACUCAGUGCGAAGGAAUUAGAGGAGUUCCGUGAGAUGUUUGAUCUCGUGGACACCAACCACAGUGGCCGCAUCACCCGCAAUGAACUCCGCAAGUUGAUGGAAACCCUCCGCCUGCGGCCAACAGAAGAGGAAUUGCAGCAAAUGUUCCACGAGCCCGCCGUCGACACCGCCGUGGCCCAAAAUAACAACAGCACCAGCAGCAACGGGGCCGCCAGUGGCGGUGUUGGAGUUGUGGCCACCACGGCGAGUACUGCGGGGAGUAGUGGCGGCGGGAUCACAUUUGAGGAGUUUGUUGCCGUGAUGGCCCGCCGGGUGCGGUCGGACUACACACUCGAGCAGCUCCGCAGUGCGUUCAAACUCUUCGAAACGGACGAUGUGCCGCCGGGGUGCGUCGCCACGGAGGUCUUGGAGCACGCGCUGGUCUCCUACGGGACGGAGAAACUCACACAUGAGGAGGCGACACGCUUGUUGGCCGCCGUGGACCCGGAGGGAACAGGGAAAAUUAAUUACUUGGAGUUUGUGGCCAUGUUGAGUGCAGGGGAUUCGUAA